CAAGGUGUGAAGCUAGGAGGCAGGAGACACACGGGCACUGGAAAGUCAAGUCUGCAACAACUCUGCAAAAAAAUUGUCAAGAUUUUUCUCUCAAAUUCCGAGGAGCUGUUCUUUUCCCAGAUGGAUCCCCAGAGGAGCAUCUUCCGUGACCUGUCCAACUACACCAGUGACUUUGAACCCAACAGUGUGGAUACUAAUUUGACCAACAGCUCUUUUGGCAACUCAUCCCAAGCCCACAUCUUUCACCACAGCCUAUGGGAGGAGAUCGCAAUCGCCACUGUAUCUGCUAUUGUGAGCUUAAUAACCAUUGUGGGCAACGUCCUGGUCUUGGUGUCUUUCAAAGUCAACAGCCAGCUUAAGACAGUCAACAAUUACUAUUUGCUCAGCUUAGCCUGUGCUGACCUCAUCAUAGGAGUGCUGUCAAUGAACUUGUACACUACAUACAUCUUAAUGGGAUACUGGUCUUUGGGAAACAUAGCGUGCGAUCUUUGGCUGGCGGUGGAUUACGUUGCCAGUAAUGCUUCAGUUAUGAACUUAUUAGUCAUCAGUUUUGACAGAUACUUUUCCAUUACAAGGCCAUUAACAUACAGGGCAAAGCGGACUCCGAAGAGAGCAGCCAUUAUGAUAGGCAUGGCAUGGAUAGUGUCGUUCGUUCUCUGGGCUCCUCCAAUUCUUUGCUGGCAGUAUUUAGCUGGCAAGCGUACUGUGCCGCUGGAUCAGUGCCAAAUCCAGUUUUUGACAGAGCCCGUGAUCACUUUCGGCACUGCCAUUGCUGCUUUCUACAUCCCUGUGUCUGUUAUGACCAUCCUGUAUUGCCGCAUCUACAAAGAAACUCAAAAAAGGACUAAAGAUUUGGCCGAGUUGCAGGGACUAACCAGUGGAAGCGUUCAGGAAGGUGUCAAACCUCAAAAGACACCAAUUCAUUCCUGUUUCCAUUUUACACGAGAGAAAGCAGACCGCAGCCAAGCAUCCUGGUCUUCUUCCAACCAAAGCAACGCCACCAAAACCACUACACGCUCCGAAGAGGCGUGGACUAAAUCCGAACAGGUGACCACUUCCUUCAACAGCUACACGUCUUCCGAGGAGGACGAGCAUCAUGUUUCCAUGGAUACCCCCCAGGGCUCCUUUAAAGAUCAAAAUCGGGGCAGUAAGAAUGGACAGGUUGUGGACUACGGAGGCGACGAGCAGUAUUUCUCCUCGCCUUCCAAACAAAACUGCAAAAAGGGCAUUGCGUACAAGUUCAAAUUGGGUUCUAGAGGAAAAGAUUCGAGUCCUGAACCAUCUCCAAGAAACACUGCAACAGAGCAGGCGGUCAAAAACAACCCGUCGCCGUCUUCCUCCACCACUUCCAAACCAAUAGAUCCCAAUAUGAAGAAUCAAAUCACCAAGAGAAAGCGAAUGGUGCUCGUAAAGGAGAAAAAAGCUGCCCAGACCUUGAGCGCGAUCUUGCUAGCUUUCAUACUAACAUGGACACCCUAUAACAUAAUGGUACUUAUCUCCACCUUCUGCGGCGACUGUAUUCCCACCUGGUUGUGGCACUUGGGUUAUUGGCUGUGUUACGUCAAUAGUACCAUCAAUCCAAUGUGCUACGCCCUGUGCAACAAGACCUUCCAGAAGACCUUCAAGAUGCUUCUACUGUGCCAGUAUAGGAGGAGGAGGUGCAAGGAGAAGCUCUACUGGGGAGGACAGAAUGCACACGUCAACAACAAAGUCACUUGAACUGGUCAAGCAGGAACAAUGAUGAGGUUUUAAUGGCGUAUUGUGUAAGCAUGGGUUUGCAGUGUACAUUCAUUGGUCAUAAGGCUGCGUCAGGGAAGGAUGAGAGUGAUGGAGUAUAUUUAUAGAGUGGACAUUUUACAGUGAUUACAGUAACUGAUAUCCAAGCGGCGGACAUGUUCUAACUGUGGGAUCUACUCGAGCACACAGGCUAUUUAAAGAAGUGAAGAGGUGCACUUGCGAUUUCUCUUUCAAUGUGAUGUCUGUUCUUGUGUCACUCAUGCUAAGUUGAUAAAAAAUCAUUUUUAUAAAGAUAGCAUAGACUUAUAAACUUAUAGCAGAAGAAAAAUUCAUUUUUUUUGUGUGCUAUGGAUCAUACCUAGACAACUGAGGGAUUACACAUAGACUUAUAAAACUUAUGUCACAUUUGGUAUAGCAGCAGUUCCUUUGUCCACAGUUCUGUGACCUACUCCGCAUGGACUUACUUCCAACCAAAGACAUGUUCAAAACAUUUUUCAAAUCUUUGAAUGACGUGAAACAUCAUUAGCCUCUAACGGAGAAGCAUAAAACGACAGUGCUAGAUUUAUAAAUGAUGAUUUUAUAUAUAUGCUAAUAUUUGACAUAAAUAAUUUUACUCUGCAUUGAUAAAAACUCACAUUUUAAAGAGGGACUAAACACCUCCUCCUUCAACCACAUUUCAAAUAGAGCUGCUGAACUGAGGAGGACUAAAGAAAAGAGUGGGAGAGGAGGAGGUCUGGACAUAUGAGGAGCAAUGUGAUUGGUCUAACAGGUAUCCACACUUCAAAUUCAGUCCAUACAGCCAAGUGUUUGUGAUCAAAAACCUGUCUUUAAUCAGGUCAGUCUUGUGUGAUGUCAUCAGGUACUUGAAAUCACAGUGGUCACUGAAGGCAGCACACAUUUAUAUUGAGGUGUUUUUGACCUGAAAGCUGCAAAUUUACCUAGUUUGUACAAAAAUUCCCAAAAAGGACUAGCAAUAGUAGAUCAUAGUAUUAAAAAAACAUGUAUACAGUUUAGCAGCAAACAAAAAAGUUGAUUGGGUGUUUAGUUCCACUUUAACAAAUUAAAUUACAGCUGAUUUAUUAUUAUUAUAGGCCAAACUUUUCUAAUACAGUAUAAAAAAAGUGACAGAGCAAAUUAUUAUUAAAGCGUCUGAUUAGAGGCACAAAGUGAAUAGUUUGAUAGAAACCCUAUUGUUAUUUGAACAGCACUUACAUUGCAGUACAUUCCUAGCCUGGUGAGCCUGACUGGAUCUAUGAAGGAUUUUUUGUACAGCCAGGCUGUCUGUGCCAGGCUGAAGUUCAAACUACUAUGUGUUUCUGCUUAAAUACUCUGUAUAUAAUGGGAAGAGUGUAGAGCUCUUUAUAUUUUUUUUCUUGAUUUGACACUUUGACAAAACUUUAAUAUAAAUUUAAAUGUUACGCAAUGUUUUUUGUUUCUGAAUUUUGCUGAUGUUUGAUUUUGUUUUCAAGGGCUUUCAGUGGUUUCUGUGCAUAUGAACUUCUUAUGUUUCACAUGACAUAACUUUGAGAUUACUCAGUAUAUCCAAUGUGCAUAAGAGUAAAAAAUUGAUUGUUGUAAAAUACACAUAUCUUCCUGUGGGGGGCGUCGUGCUGUUGUAAAUGAAGCGCUGUCUCUUAGAUGUGUGGUGUUCUGUUGAUGCUUAAACUCUGUGCCUUUGGUGAGCUCAGAGUGAAUGAAAAUGUGCAGUUUGUCCAUUAGUGAAAGUUAUUUGUACAAUUUGUUACUUGUAUGAAAUGCCAAAAAUACACUUCAAGUUUAUUUUUAAAACC